AUGCUGCGUGUAGCCAAGCCCAAGAAUGCGCGAUCGAAGCGUGCCCUCGAGAAGCGCGAGUCCAAAGAGAAGGAAAAUGCCAAGACGGCCAUCUUUGUGAGAGGCACUAGGACUUCUGAAAAGGUGAAUGUGGCCAUGACGGAGCUGGCCGCUCUCAAGAAGCCCGAUGCCGUGGCGUUCAACAAGCGCAACGAUGUGCUGCCUUUUGAAGAUGCUACGAGCCUCGAGUUCUGGGGACAGAAGAAUGACGCGAGUCUGCUCGUAGUCGGAAGCAGCCAAAAGAAGCGUCCUGACAACCUAUGCUGGGUUCGUCUCUUUGACGGCCAAGUACUUGAUAUGCUAGAGAUGGGCGUCUUGGAGGCAACGAGUAUGAACGCCUUCAAGACCAACAAGCCUGGUAUCGGUAUGCGCCCCCUCUUUCAUUUCUCGGGCCCUGAGUUUGAGUCCGAUCCGGAAACGGAUCGUCUUGGCGCCGCUGGCGCUGAUCCCGAGGCCAAAGGUGCGUUUCUGCACCUCAAGUCUCUGCUCCUCGACUUUUACCGCGGCGAGGAACUGGACCCAAAUCACAUCGCGCUGGGCGGUCUCGAGCAUGUAAUCUCUGUGAGCGUCGCGCCGUCCAGAAAAGCAGCGCCUAGUGAGACGGACCUGUCCAGUCUGUACCGAGCCGCAGGCGUCUCGUCUCAGGCCUCUGGCGUCUCGUCCGUACACCGCUGCGAGCCAUGCAGAAUCCAUUUUCGCGUAUACACGAUUAGGAUGAUUGCGUCUGGCACUAGGACACCCCGCAUCGAGCUAGAUCUAUGCGGGCCAUCGUUCGACUUCGAGCUCCGGCGCAGGUUGCCUGCCAGUAUCGACCGCAUGACGCAGGCGCUCAAGCGACCCAAGACGGCCGAGCAAAAGAGCAGCCAAGGCAAGGGCAAGCGCAAGAAUAUCGAUACAGACGAGAUGGGCGAUAUGGUCGGCCGUGUGCACCUUGGCCGCCAGGAUCUGUCACAAUUGCAGGUGAAGAAGAUGAAAGGCCUGCGAGGUAAACCACAGUUCGACGAAGAGGAUGAAAUGCAUCCUGCCUUUGACAACGAUGAGGAGGAGGAGGAAGAAGAAGAGGACGACGAAUAG